CACUUAAUAACUACGGAAGUAAGUAAAGCUGUCCAGGCGUCUACCACUCAAGAAGGACUGUUUAUUCGCGUUUGCAUAAACUUAAUCAGGAUGUCAGGUUUCGACAGUAACCCUUUUGAAAAUCCGGUAGACAUAAAUCCUUUUCAGGAUCCCUCUGUCACCCAGGUAACCCACUCUGGAGUGGAUCAGCAGUACAACCCGUUCUCUGGCACUGACUCAGGUGCUUUGACAGGCACCACCAUCCCCGCAUCUGCUGCACCCUCCCAACCAGCUGUGCUGCAGCCCUCAGUGGACCCUAGCCCUCAGGCAGCUGCUGCUGCAGCCCAGGCGAACCUGCUAAGGCAACAGGAGGAGCUGGAGAGGAAGGCAGCAGAGCUGGAGCGACGUGAGCAGGAGCUGCAGAACAGGGGGGCGCCUACAGGCAAAGAGAACAACUGGCCUCCAUUGCCCAAACGCUUUCCCAUAAAACCAUGCUUCUACCAGGACUUCUCUGAGGAAAUCCCACUAGAACAUCAGAGGAUCUGCAAAAUGAUGUAUUACCUGUGGAUGUUGUAUUGUGUGACUCUGUUCUUAAACGUGCUGGCGUGUCUGGCAUGUUUCACGGUAAACACCAAGUCUGGAGUGGAUUUUGGCCUUUCUAUCCUGUGGUUUAUCCUCUUCACUCCCUGCUCCUUCCUCUGCUGGUACCGCCAAAUCUACAAGGCUUUCAAGACUGAUAGCUCCUUCAGUUUUUUUACAUUCUUCUUCAUCUUUUUUGCCCAAGUGGUGAUCUCUGUCAUUCAGUGUGUUGGCAUACCCCAAUGGGGAAACAGUGGAUGGAUUGCAGCCGUCGCCAUCGUCGGUACAAACCUGCCAGUGGCUGCCAUAAUGAUGGUGGUCGCCGUUUUUUUCACCAUCUGUGCUGUGUUGUCAGUCUUCCUACUUAAAAUGGUUCACUCUCACUACCGGCGCACCGGAGCCAGCUUCCAAAAAGCGCAGCAGGAGUUUUCCCAGGGCGUGCUCACCAACCGAGCCUUCCAGAACGCAGCUGCCGGUGCCGCUACCUCGGCUGCCCAGAGCUCCUUCCAGAGGAACUAGACCCAACAGCAACCCUCGCUCACGGCCAAGCUUGGCUGAGACCGGCACAAGCCGUCUCUGCUCUGUGGCUUCCACCAGCCCAAGCUCCUGCAUGGUGCCACCUGCCUGCUUAGGCUGAGAGAUCCCAUCAGGCUUUGGCCUUUGGACUGCAGAGGCACUACUUUUGGUGUUCACAUCAGCUUUCAUGUGAAACUGAAGGUAUGAAGUUAAAAUGCUCAAUGAUGUCUGUAUAUUUGUAUGUAUGCUUUGUAUUUCUGGGCAUUUUUGGUAGCUUGUUGGAAUUUGCUUAUGCUGUAUAUAAACUAGUUUGAGGUUAACCCACACCAGAGAAGGUAUGGGAGAAUUGUCAAUAUCAAUUUACAAAUGACAAUGAACAAAAUUCAACUUUCCCUAAUAUGAUGUCCACUGAAUGUGAAUUUAGAUCUAUUCACAUUUAGCUAUUAAAUAAUCAUGUAUUAAACUAAAUAUAGUUUACAUCUACAAACAGUAGACUAAUGACGUGCCUUGUGAUUUCAAUAAUUUUUUUAAAUUGUACUUUUUUUCAUUCUGAUUUUGCCAUAGUGCCAUAAAUGGUUAAAUACUGAAGGGGCUAAAACAUGGCUAUAUUUAUUUCCUUGCCAAAUUUUAUGAAGGAAUUGAUGCAUAAAAAUUAUGGUCUGGUAGUGAAGGUUUUCUCAAGAGAAGCAUGAGUUCAUAAGACAAAAGCUAGAGUCAACCCUGAUCUUUAGCUAAAUUUCAGCUAAAAACAUUUUGCCCUCUGACAUAUCCCUUCUGGUUCAAGGAUAACCCAAAGAUGUCCAAAGCCAGACUUGCAUAGAAAUAUGAUCUAAAAAUAUUUAAAUAACUGAUUAACAGUGGCCUUAUAGAUUUAAUUAUACAUCUCAAAAAUAGUGUUAGCAUAUUUAACUAGUUCAAUAUUUUCGCUAGUUUCUAAAGAAAUUAUAGGGGAUUUUUGCACCUUAUGGAAAGCAGCAAAUGUAUACAUUUUUAUGAAAUGAAUCAACAUGCAUGUGAAUUUAGAAAUCCAUGUUUUAUCCUUAAGAAUAUUUGUUGAAUAUAGUGUUAAAGCAAAUUAAACAUUUUGAUUAACUAUUUGUCUCUUUUUCAAAAACAAGUGUUUGGGUUUUAUAAGAACAACCCCGUGCACAUUAUUCCUGUGAUCUCAUAAGUGCAUGUAUUCACUCCUAAAUGUACUGUUGACUCAGAACAUAUUCAGACCCCUUUACUUGUUACUCACUAUGUUGCAAAUUUCAAAAAGGAACUAAAAAUCCAAAACUAAUCUCUUAUUCACAAAGGUCUCUUUGAUACUUUGCUACAACCUUUAAUCAGAUACAGCCUGUUUGCUUUAAUUACCCCUGAGGCAUGUCUAGAAUGAAGUCCACCUUUUGCAAUUUGUAUUGAUUGGACAUAGUUUGGAAAAACACACACCUGAGUCUAUAAAGGCCCACAAGUUACGGGACAUAAACCAAGCCAUGGCGUCCAAGAAACUGUAUGGGGGCUCUCUGUGAUUAAAUUGUGACAAGGCAUAGAUCAGGGCUUGAAUAUAACAUUAUCUAAGGCUCAGUGUGUUCCCAGGACCACUGACCACAAUUUUUAAAUGGAAGAAACUUAGCACAACCUUGAAUCUUCUUAGUGCUGGACGUCCAGCCAAACUAGACAUCUUGACAAGGAGGGUCUUGGUCAGAAAGAUAAAGAACCCAGUGGUCACUUUGAGUUCCAAAGAGCUCCCUGUACAGAGAUGAGAAUCUCGCAUAUGGCUCAUCCAUCUCUGCAGUACGCCAUAAUGAAGGCCCUUAUGGCAGAGUGGAAAUACAGAAUCCAUUGUUUGAGUAAAAAGCAUACCAAGUGCCUGCUUGGAGUUGAAUAAA